AUGUAUGAGUUUUACAUCCCCAGUGCAAUGGGCAUUUUGAAUGAUAUUUUCAUUCAUGAAUUUACCGAGCAGCCAGUUUUAUUAUGUAACAGAAAAAAGCCAAAAUUGUUAUACCAAUUGACGAAAGCGGUGCUACAAAAAUAUUUACAAGAAAAAUUUGGUAUGGCAUUUUUGGAACCACCUAACUGGACGUUACAUCCACAUGAGUCAGCGUUAAUUAUUGAUGGUGCAUUACUAUUACAAGUUACCACCUCGGAGUGUCAUGGUAGUACAUUGACGUCGGCACAAUAUAUUAUGAACGAAGAAUCUAUUUUGUGUGUUGGUGAAGAUUACAAUAAACUAUUACGCGACAAUCGCGCAGUAGUGGCAAAGGCAGUGCGUGAUGCAUGGUUAAAAUUGUGUCUUAAAAUACCUGCUGAUAAAGUUUUAUAUGUAGCUGGGCUAGAUGAAGAGGCAUUCAUGAUUAACAGUAGUGGUUUUAUUUUAAUACCGGAAUUGCAAUCGAAUCAAAAUGAAGCAGACACUAGAAUUUUUCUCCAUAUUCAGCACAUUCAAUCAUUUCAACACAUCUCACAAGCGACCAUCCAAGCUACCGACACAGAUGUCCUUGUAUUAGCUAUUGGAUUUGCGGUUGAAUACAGAUUGAACAUUGAAGUUAUAUAA